ACCCAGAACAUUCAAACUGGUUGAACACCUCUCGAUGACGUCAACCAGGACCCAUUACGUUCCAGGCAAAAUGGCGGCCUCAAGCAGCAAGUCUGUCCUGUUUGUCUGUCUGGGGAACAUUUGCAGGUCCCCCAUUGCGGAGGCUGUCUUCAGGAAGAUGGCGACCGAUGCAGGCGUCGUUGACAAGUGGAGGAUAGACAGUGCCGCCACGUCGACCUAUGAGAUAGGAAACCCGCCCGACCAUCGCGGUCUAGCCUGCAUGAAGAGGCACGACGUGCCCAUGAGACACGUGGCUCGGCAGGUGACGAAUGAUGACUUUAUGAACUUUGAAUUUAUUCUCUGCAUGGAUGAGAGCAAUUUGAGCGACUUGAAACGUAAAGGCAACGCGGUGAAGAAUCAGCGGGCAAAAAUCGAACUGCUCGGUACAUAUGAUCCGCAGAAGCAGCUGAUCAUCAAAGAUCCCUAUUAUGGAAGCGAUGAAGACUUUGAAAAGGUGUACGAGCAGUGUCAACGAUGCUGCAAGGCGUUUCUUGAGUCCAACUCGUAGCGUUGUCGCUCGCCAGUUGGCUGUCGUUAAGGCAUUCUUUGGCCACUUCGUUUUGGAGGAAAAAACUGCCAGAAGGCUAACAGGUUUUUGUGUUUUCACUCAUUCUGAGCACAUUGUUGACUUCAACAACAAUGCCUGUGUUGAAAUAAAUCAUUACAACUCA